AUGUUGUUGUCUUCGUAUAGAGAUGGAAAAUUAACAACGGCAGAACAAUUACAUAAUGAAUUAACAAAUGCUGGAAUAUUUAUUGACAUUUGGAAUUUAAAUAUUUAUUUAAUUAGAAUGAAGGCAAGUUUUCCUCUUUAUUCAAGUCCAAACGAAGGCCAAUUUUUCCUAAUAGGAUCAGACCAAGAAUGGCGCAAAUUUAAAGCAACAAAUUAUUUAACCAAACAUUCUAUUCACGAACUGGAUUGUCUCAAAUGUUUAAAAUUGCGAAGGAAAGAACGCUCAAAUGCUUGGGGUCAACUUGGAAAGGCAGUUUUGCGUUUUGUAGAAUUAGACGAUAAUGUUCCAAUUUUACAUCAUCAGAAUUGCAAAGGAGAUUCUUUAGAAUAUUUACAUAAACUUCAUUAUUCACCAAACAGUGCCCCAGAAAUUGUUUCUCCUCAAUUGGAAGUUGAUAUUCAAGACAGAGUUUCGAAUUUUUUGGAAACUGCAACACCUCUUGAAAUGUUACAAGAAAGUGUUAGAAUGGUUACUUCUGCACAAGAACAACAGUUACAACAACAACAACCAUCUCCAACACAACAACAACAAUCAUCAUCUACAUCAUCAAAAACUCCUUCAGAUAUAUUCCCACAACAACCAUAUUUUCUUUCAAAUCAAUCAUCUUCCUCUCAACAACAACAACCAAUAAUUUCUGAAAAUCCCAAUUAUUUAGCUUCAUCUGUUCUCCAACAAUUUUUAGAAAAAUCGAAACAAACAUCAACAAACAAAGAAGUUAUUUUAAUUGAUGAUGAUGAACAAAUUACAAAUAAUUCAACAAUAACUACAGCAACAACAACAUCUAAUAAAAAUAUAAAUGAAAUAAAUAAAACAAAUAAUAAUGAAAAUUUGUCUAAAUUAAUUAUUGGAUUGUCUGAAAUUGCUAAAGAAUUAUCUCUUUCUCUUAUUCAACAGCGUAAUAGCAACAACCUUAUUGUUUUACCUCAAAACAUUCGUGAUUCAAAACGUUCCCUGUCAAUCAUUCCAAUGCCCGAUAAUAUUUUAAUUGUUAAUGCAUUUCUUGGAAGUAUUUUACAAGAAACUUUACGUUGGUCUUCUUCAACCGAUGGAAUGGAUCAAUUAUUAUAUGCACUUAGGGGAAAGUGUUAUCAAUUCUUUUAUAAAUGUCCAGCUUUAGUUACCCAAGAUAAUUGCCAAGGAAAUUCUGGAUGGAUUUUGAGAAAUGAUCAUUUUCUUUAA